UGACAUGAUAAACCAAAGGCCAAACAAAAUUGUGAGGUGACGAAGAAGCCAAAACAUAGCGCUUCAUGCAUCCCAUCUCAUUUGCUGCAUUUUGAAAACUACCAAUCCUAACAAAAUGCGACUCCUUUCCACACCUUCCCUCUCCUUUUUCCCUUCUCUCAUUCCAACAAACCUAACUAACUCUUCCCUCCAAUUUCCACUUCAAAACCACUCCACUUCCCGCCGCCGCUACUCCGUCACACGCGCCGUUUCCACUAUCAACGACAACGCCGAUUCCUUCACCGCCAACUCUGGCUACCUGUUUCAGCUUACCGCCACUGAAGCUGACUCUCUUGUGGAUUACAACAUUUCCAAAAUCGCGGCUAUUUAUUACCGGAAACCUCUUGUUGUUGCUCGUCGAUUGUUUCAGACGGGAAUCGCUUUUGGCAAGUGGUUCGGUUUACGAUACCUCGAUGCUCUCUUUGAUCGUUCCGACGACAUGUUUCAGGUUAGAGCUGCAGAGCUAAGGAAGAUAUUGGUGGAACUUGGGCCGGCAUAUAUCAAAAUUGCUCAAGCUAUAUCAUCUCGUGCCGAUUUGAUACCACCAUCAUACCUAGACGAGCUCUCACUGCUGCAGGAUCGUAUAAGUCCAUUUUCCACUGAAGUUGCUUUCAACAUGAUUGAGCAAGAACUUGGUUUAUCCUUGGUUGAAAUUUUCUCAGAGAUUUCACCCGAGCCUGUUGCUGCUGCUUCCCUUGGGCAGGUUUAUCAAGCUAGGCUUCGCAGAACAGGAGAGGUUGUUGCUGUUAAAGUGCAAAGACCUGGAGUUCAAGCUGCAAUUUCCCUUGACAUAUUAAUCUUGCGUUUUAUGGCAGGGCUUCUUAGGAGAGCCGGAAAAUUGAAUACUGAUCUUCAGGCAGUUGUUGACGAAUGGGCGUCAAGCCUUUUCCGGGAGAUGGACUACAAUAAUGAAGCAAGCAAUGGUAUCAAGUUCAGGAACUUAUAUGGUUCUAUACAAGAUGUGGUGGUUCCGUUGAUGUACACAGAGUACACAACUCACAAGGUCCUUGUUAUGGAAUGGAUUGAGGGGAGAAAGUUGUCAGAAGUGAAAGAUCUCUACCUGAUUGAGGUAGGAGUUUACUGCUCAUUCAAUCAACUUCUUGAGUGUGGGUUCUAUCAUGCAGACCCACACCCUGGAAAUCUUCUUCGGACCUCUGAUGGAAAAUUAGCUUAUUUAGAUUUUGGUAUGACAGGUGAAUUCAAACAAGAAUUGCGUGAAGGAUUCAUUGAAGCUUGUCUACAUCUUGUAAAUCGUGAUUUUGAUGCAUUGGCUACGGACUUUGUCACUCUUGGGCUUCUUCCACCAACUGCAGAGAAAGAAGCUGUUACGAAGGCUUUGACAGGCGUCUUCCAAAAUGCUGUUUCCAAAGGAGUUCGUAAUAUCAGUUUUGGAGACCUUCUAGGAAACUUGGGAGUAACCAUGUAUAAAUUCAAAUUUAGGAUACCUUCGUACUUCUCACUUGUCAUCCGAAGCCUUGCUGUACUGGAAGGAAUUGCAAUCGGCUUUAAUCCGGACUACAAAGUCUUGGGUAGUACUUACCCUUGGAUUGCCAGAAAAGUGCUUACUGACAGCUCCCCUCAGCUUAAAUCUUCUUUGGAGAAUCUUCUUUACAAGGAUGGUGUUUUCAAAAUAGACCGACUUGAGUCUUUGCUGACAGAGUCUCUCCGUGCCAAAACAGAUAAGUCUUUAGUAAAACAACCUUCUGAAGGCGCAGAUUCGAAAAUGGUUAUGAAGGAAAUGCUUUCUUUUACUUUAACAGGAAAGGGUGAAUUUGUGAGGACAAUAAUUGUUAAAGAAUUUGCCAAGGGUUUAGAUGCACUUGGGAUAGCUACCUUGGAAAAAGCUGCUGCAAGAGUUCCUUUCAGCUCUUUCUUUUUUCCGUCUAUAAUGACCGAAGAAGAUAUGGUCAACCUAAGGACCUUCCAACGCCUUAUGCUAUUACUUUCAGGGACCAGAAGAAAAGAAGACCUCAAUACAGUAAGAUUGGGAAACAAAAAGGAUGGUUCUGACCAGAAUCAAAUUCUUGACACGGGGGAGCUGUCGGUAGUUUUAAAUCAAAUUGAUUCCAUUCAAGAGAUUCUUCCUCUUCUUUCUAUCAUUCCUGAGCUCCCACCAGAGUCCCAGCAGCAAUUACUUCAAUUGCCAGCUAACUUGGUUCGACAGUUAAUAUCCCGUGCUGCCGCGAGAACAAUUAGGAGGGUGUUUUUGUGAUACAGAAGCAGCUGAAAUGUUUUUGUGCUUUUUACUAAGGUGAUAGAAGAACAUUGAAGGACAUAGCCUAUGCCACAGUGAUUUAUUCAGCUAGAAACUAUGUGCCUUCAAUUUCAUCUUUUCUUAUUUAAUUUGUGUGUAAGUAUUUCUAAUUUUCCAUAUCAGCUUUGUUUCUUUUCAACAAAUUAAAUACAUUGUAAAAAAUAUAUUAGAUUCAUAAUUUUCCAACAACUGUUUUUUAGACAUGUUAAACAAUGCUCUAGGGCACUUAUUACCA